AGGAGAGUAAGCUGUGCUUGUACUUCUUUGACUUAUGUUACAUUCAACAAAGCUGACCAAUUAAAGAUUUUGCAGUCUACCUUUUCAUAGGUACUAUGAAUGGACAGGGGUUUCAGGUGAUAUGGCCAAUCACAUUAACCCUUCUGCUGGCAAAUGGCCCAGUUGCUCAAAGCGGGAAGGUUCUUGUUUUUCCUGUGGAUGGCAGUCACUGGGUCAACAUGAACAUCUUGGUUGAGGCACUUCAUGCCAAAGGUCAUGAUGUAACAGUCUUGAGGGUGGGAAGCAGCUGCUACAUAAAAGAAUUCUCACCUCACUACACAUCGAUAAAUCUGAAGUCUGCAGGAGGAUAUAAUAAAGAAGUUCUUGAAAUAUUUGCAUCCAGACUAAUGCACAUUUUGAGGGAAGGUUCCACAUGGGGUCAUCUGAAGCUGCAGGCAGAAAUGUGGCAAAGUUUUUUGAAGAUUUUUGAAGCAGAAAGUGAAAUGAUUGUCAACAUGAUCGAAGAUCAGCAGCUUAUGCAGUCUUUAAAAGAUGCCAAGUAUGAUAUGAUUCUUACAGACCCAAACAUGUUUGGAGGGGUUAUAUUAGGUCACUAUCUCAAACUGCCCAUGGUCUACAAUGUUCGUUGGGCAGGUUAUAGUGAAGCCCAUUUUGCAAUAGCUCCAUCUCCACUUUCUUAUGUACCUUUUCCAUCUCUGAAAUUAUCAGAUCGCAUGAGUUUCUUGGAAAGAGUAUGUAAUGUAGUAAUGUACACCUUUAUUGAAAUAGGGGCUGCUUUGGUAAUUUCUCCAAUUAAUGAUGCACUCGCUGAACGGUUCAUUGGCCCUGGAACAUCCUUCCUUUCUUUAGUUCAGGGAGCUGAUCUGUGGCUCCAUAGAGCUGAUUUUGUUUUCGAAUAUCCACGUCCCACUAUGCCAAACAUCAUCUACAUGGCAGGUUUUCAAUGCAAGCCAUCAAAGCCUCUCCCACAAGAUCUGGAGGACUUUGUUCAGAGCUCGGGUGAUCAUGGUGUCAUUAUCAUGUCUCUGGGGACUCUUAUUGGUCAGCUUCCUGAUGAUGUGGCCGAGGCGAUUGCUGAAGCCUUUGCAGAACUUCCACAGAAGAUCAUCUGGAGGUACAAAGGAAAGAGACCAUCUGCACUAGGAAACAACACCUUAGUGAUGGACUGGAUGCCUCAGAAUGAUCUUCUGGGUCAUCCCAAGACCAGAGCCUUUGUGGCACAUGGAGGAACCAAUGGAAUUCAAGAAGCCAUCUACCACGGUGUGCCAAUAAUUGGAUUGGCCCUGAUUUUUGACCAGCCCGACAAUCUUUCUAAAAUGAAAGUGCGAGGUGCAGCCAAGAAUGUAGACUUUGCCACAAUGGAUAAGCAGUCCUUCCUUAAAACGGUCAAAGAGGUACUCUAUGAUCCCUCUUAUCGGGAGAACAUGCAGAGACUCUCAAGGCUUCACAGGGAUGUUCCAGUGAAGCCUCUGGACAAUGCCGUCUUCUGGAUUGAGUUUGUUAUGAGACACAAAGGUGCCGCUCACUUGCGCACAGAGUCAUACAAAAUGCCCUGGUACUCUUAUCACUCUGUUGAUGUUAUUCUAGUGCUGAUUUCUGCUGUGUCACUCAUAAUCUUGAUCAUAUAUGCAGUUAUCAGAUAUUUCUGCUGCAGAAUGUGCAUGAGAAAAACAAAAAGCAAACAUGAAUGACUUGGCGUUCUAAAAAAUGUAUUCAGGUAAUAAGCAACUUCAGGUCAGGCAUCGCCUGUAUAUUAAUGACUAAAUCUUUCAAUCAUUAGUCUAUUCAUUUAAUUUGGUGAUCUGUAGAUGAGGAAUAUUUGUUUGUGCAGUGCAAGGGUUUUCAGUUGUGUAAAAAAAUUCUAAACUGUAUUUCAAAUGUAAAUAAUAUCUAUCACCAUAAACUUGUGUGCUCUGUUUAUAAUUGUUGUUGUCUAUUGCUUUUAUUGUUACCUCACCUUUCCUACAGUUUGCCUUCUUGUUUUUAGUGUUUUUUUGUGAAACCUAAAGCUGUUCUACUAUAUUAAUUUAUCACAAUUAAACCCAUAAAUUGAAACAGAACACAAUCAUAUGUGAACAGUAUCUUAACAACACCAUAAACUGUUAUAGUCAAUGCAAAAGGUACUUUACUGUUGCUGUGCAUAAUGGUGCAUGAAAUAAAAUGAAGGUAGCAUAAAAUAAUAACCACUCAGAGCUGCACCAACUUAAGACUACCC